AUGGCCGCGAACGGCGAAACAGUGCCCCAGGGCACCAGCGAGGUAGCCGAUGUUGGUAAAGGGAAGGGCAAGGCGACCGAGCCAGCGGAAAUCACCAUGGAGGAUGACGAUGAUGAAGAAGAGUCCGCAGAGGAAGAAGAGGUACAGUCCAAUAGAAACUCUCGCCUGGCACGCCAAUACUGA